AUGGAUGGCAAAAAGGCGUGCGAUGGCAGCAGGGUGUUAGCCUUGAUCAACGGCUUUGGCGUCACCCUGACGCAGCACCUCGGGGACGAGAUCCCACCCUCGCCGGCCUUCGCCAUGACAAAAGGCUUGGGCACGGCCGGCGAGCUCGUCUGCUUCUCCAACCUCGACCUGCACUACGAAGAUAACACAUAA